AUGGAUAUGUGGCUUUGCAUGAAGCGGGCCAUCAACGCUGCUGAAAAGGCGAAGAAGGCCUACGAAGACGGCAGGGCCAGGGUCGCCGAGGCUGGCAAGGCUAUCCAGGAUCAUGCGAAUCUGGUGAAGGAUUUGCAGGCUGCCGAAUGGCAGGCUAUGGAGGCGAAGGAUGCCGUUCAGGUGGCUCUGGAGGAGUCGGAGCGGGCCAAGGCAUCAGAGAUCGAGGCUGCCGGCCAGGAGGCCAUCCAGAAGUAUCGCCACUCUCCCGAUUUCUCCGCCCUUCUUGACAAGGAGGUGGGCGCGGAGAUGGUGGAUCUCAUCUACCGAUUCAAGUGGUACAAUCCUGGGACGAAGCUCAACUUGAACUUUAUUGCCGAUCCUCCUCCCCUUCCCGAAGGCGUCACAGAAGAAAUGAUAGAGGAGUACGAGGGGGAAGACGCUCCGGAGGUGCCUGAAGCCACUGGUGCCGAAGGGGCGGAUGCCGAGGGCCCUUCCUCCUGA